GCGAUUUCCGGGAACCCGUCAGGAAGGACAUAAACAAAACAAACCCGAGGCAGCAUGGAGAGGGGCCGCGGCCCCUACAACGGAACAGAACCCAGCCCCUAAGCCGCCCCCAAACCUACAGAAUUGCACAGAAUAAUUAAAAAGAAAAAAAGCAGUGAUCUAAUCAGUUAAAUUGAAGGAUUCUGGGGAAACCUGCUCUUUACUGUGAAAAUCAUCUUGGAAUUAAAGUAAAGCUGGAAAGGAAUUUACAAACAAGAAAUAAAAGAAGUUUGGAAUUGGACACACAGGAUCUGGGCUUGGAAAUGCCUCAGCCUAGUGUAAGCGGAAUGGAUCCGCCUUUUGGGGAUGCCUUUCGAAGCCACACCUUUUCGGAACAGACUCUGAUGAGCACAGAUCUCUUAGCAAACAGUUCUGAUCCAGAUUUCAUGUACGAACUGGAUAGAGAGAUGAAUUACCAGCAGAAUCCUAGAGACAACUUACUUUCUUUGGAGGACUGCAAAGACAUUGAAAAUCUGGAGUCUUACACAGAUGUCCUGGAUAAUGAGGGUACUUUAACCUCAAACUGGGAACAGUGGGACACAUACUGUGAAGACUUAACCAAGUACACCAAACUAACCAGCUGUGACAUCUGGGGAACAAAAGAAGUGGAUUACUUGGGUCUUGAUGACUUUUCUAGCCCUUACCAAGAUGAAGAGGUCAUAAGUAAAACUCCAACUUUGGCUCAGCUUAAUAGUGAGGACUCUCAGUCUGUUUCUGAUUCCCUCUAUUACCCUGAUUCACUUUUCAGUGUCAAACAAAGUCCCUUGCCCUCUUCAUUCCCUAGUAAAAAGAUCACAAGUAGAGCAGCUGCCCCUGUAUGUUCUUCAAAGACUCUUCAGGCUGAGGUUCCUUUGUCAGACUGUGUCCAAAAAGCAAGUAAACCCACUUCAAGCACACAAAUCAUGGUAAAGACCAACAUUGUUCAUAAUGAAAAGGUGAACUUUCAUGUUGAAUGUAAGGACUAUGUAAAAAAGGCAAAAGUAAAGGUCAACCCAGUGCAACAGAGCCGGCCCUUGCUGAGCCAGGCUCAUACAGAUGCAGCGAAGGAGAACUACUGUGGAGCUGUAGCAAAGAGACAAGAGAAAAAGGGAAUGGAGCCUAUUCAGGGUCAUACCACUCCCACUUUGCCUUUCAAAGAAACCCAGGAACUAUUACUCAGCCCCCUACCUCAGGAGGGUCCUGGGUCAGUUGCUGUAGGAGAGAGUAGCAGCCUUUCUACAAGCAUGUCGAUCUCAGAUUCAUCCCAGAAAAAAGAAGAGCACAAUUAUUCUCUUUUUGUCUCUGACAACGUGGGUGAACAGCCAACCAAAGGUAAUCCUGAGGACGAUGAGGAAGAUGAGGAGGAUGUUGAUGAUGAGGACCAUGAUGAAGGCUUUGGCAGUGAGCAUGAACUCUCUGAAAAUGAGGAAGAAGAAGAAGAAGAGGAUUAUGAAGAUGACAAAGAUGAUGAUAUUAGUGACACAUUUUCCGAACCAGAACUGGGGAUUGAACUCAGGCCCUUGUGCUGUCCAGGUUAUGAAAAUGAUUCUGUAGAAGACUUGAAGGAGAUGACGUCAAUAUCCUCUCGGAAAAGAGGUAAAAGAAGGUACUUCUGGGAAUAUAGCGAACAACUUAUGCCAUCACAGCAAGAAAGGAUUCUGAGGCCAUCUGAAUGGAACCGAGAUACCUUGCCAAGCAAUAUGUAUCAGAAAAAUGGCUUGCAUCAUGGAAAAUACGCAGUAAAGAAAUCACGAAGAACUGAUGUAGAAGACCUGACUCCAAAUCCUAAAAAACUACUCCAAAUAGGCAAUGAGCUACGGAAGCUGAAUAAAGUGAUUAGUGACCUGACUCCAGUCAGUGAGCUACCCUUAACAGCCCGGCCAAGGUCAAGGAAGGAAAAAAAUAAGCUGGCCUCCAGAGCUUGUCGGUUAAAGAAAAAAGCCCAGUAUGAAGCUAAUAAAGUGAAAUUAUGGGGCCUCAAUACUGAAUAUGAUAAUUUAUUAUUUGUAAUUAACUCCAUCAAGCAAGAGAUUGUAAACCGGGUACAGAAUCCAAGAGAGGAGAGAGGACCUAACAUGGCGCAGAAACUUGAAAUCCUCAUUAAAGAUACUCUUGGUCUCCCAGUUGCCGGGCAAACUUCCGAAUUUGUUAACCAAGUGUUAGAGAAGACUGCAGAAGGCAAUCCCACUGGAGGCCUUGUAGGACUAAGGAUACCAGCAUCGAAAGUGUAAUGUGUAAUCAGCCUCAUUGGUCCACUGGUCAGAAAUGUCUGUUUUUGUCACGUUCCCCAUUGUAAAUUUUCAUUCUGUUUUGCACGUCAGUUAGCAUUAUGUAAUCAUUUACAAUUAGGUUACAUUGUUUUAAGAACUUGUAGCAUAGGUGAAGCAUGAUCCAAAAUACUUGAUUAUUGCAUUUUCAGAGCAUAAACCAUGGUUAAACCUGCUACUGGCAUUAGAAUUAAAAUUCAUACAUUAAGCAAAUGUUUAAGGUACAGAUUGCACAAAUCUGUUACUGCAAACAUUCUGGAGGAGUGAAUAUAUUAGUGUAGUGCCAAGUAUCAUGGCAGGUUUAUGCUCUGAACUACACAAAAAUAUUGAGGAAGCAUUUUUUUAAAAACAAUUUAGAUUGUUUUUAGAAUUACUGCUUUUAGUUCUAAUUUUCCACACCAUCAAUCUCACUUGUACAUGACAUAAUAGGCCUGUGUGCCAUUAGAUGUUCAUUUCCUGAGCUCACUAUGAU